CAUAUUUCAUUUCCCUCUCAAACGCAGGGGACCGUGAUUGUAUGCGAUACUACAGAGCUUUUUCGAGCAGAAGAGUACAGAAGCUCGAGACAAAUCGAGCACAAAAUUUAUUAACUACAAAACCCCCGUGAAAAAGGCAAGGCGGCAUUGUCUACAGUAUGAAGGAUCCCCUGAAUGUGUAUCGAAGUUCCAUAGCCUAAAACAGAGAUCCACAUAGGUUUUGUGGUGCAGGAAAAAUGGCCCAAGAGAAUGUAGUUCGGUUUGGGAUCCUGGGGUGUGCAGGCAUAGCCAUAAAACUUGUGAGAGCAAUUGGGAUGGCGCCCAAUUCCUCAGUGUAUGCAGUUGCCAGCAGAUCAGUUGACAAGGCCAAGGGAUUUGCCUCUGCCAACAACUUGGCUCCAGAGGUAAAGGCGUAUGGAAGCUAUGAGCAGCUCUUGGAUGAUCCUUGCGUGGAUGCAGUGUACAUUCCUCUGCCUACAUCCCUGCAUCUCGAAUGGGUUCUCAAGGCUGCCCAAAAGAAGAAACAUAUUCUUGUGGAGAAGCCCCCUGCACUUUGUGUUGAAGAUCUUGACACCAUCAUAGAGGCCUGCAAUAACAACGGCGUCCAGUUCAUGGAUGGCACCAUGUGGAUGCACCAUCCUAGAACUCCCAAAAUGAAGGCCUUCCUUCAAAAUCCAGACCUCUUUGGAGAUCUCCAUACGGUCCACAGUACUUUUACAUUUGAAGGAUCUGGUAAGUUCUUUGAGGAGGACAUCCGGGUCAAGCCGGAUUUGGAUGCACUUGGUGCAUUGGGUGAUGUUGGAUGGUACUGUAUUAGGGCAAUUUUAUGGGCUAAUGAUUACGAAAUGCCUCAGAGUGUGAUUGCACAUCCUAGACCUGUUUUGAAUAAAGGUGGGGUGAUCACAUCUUGUGGAGCUACAUUGUAUUGGCAAGAUGGGAGGGUGGCAACUUUUCAUUGUUCAUUUCACUCUUGUCUGACCAUGGAUCUAAGUAUCCAUGGGUCUAAAGGAAAUCUGAAUCUUUAUGAUUUUACACUUCCCUAUGAGGAGAACUCUGCAUCAUUUUUCUCCUCCACAAACACCAAGUUCUCUGAAACGCACACUGUUUGGGGUCCAGGGCCCACUGAGCACAGAGUUACAAUAGAAUUUCCUCAGGAGACUCUUAUGGUUCAAGAAUUCGCGAGGCUGGUUAAGGGAAUCCAAGAUUCUGGAGGAAAACCUGAUUCUCAAUGGCCUUCCAUUUCCAGGAAAACACAGAUAGUGAUGAAUGCUGUUAAAACAUCUAUCCAGGAAGGCUUGAUUUCUGUUACAUUGUGAAGUAUUUAAUGAACUUUUAAACCACAUGGUCUAUUUUUAAUGCAGAUAAAUCUAAGAGUGCAUUUGAGUAUAAAAAAUAUGAGCAUUUCUUCA